GCUGGCCGCCCAGCAUCAUCGUCGUCGUCAGCGUGUUGUUCAGCAGCUUCAACGUAACAGCAGAACGUAAUUCAGUCCAGGUCCGUCGGCCUUCGUGGGUCGGUCGGUAAGCGAGAGCAGCUGUGCAGCAGCUGCCGGAUCGAUGCUGCGGGGGUUCCCGAAUGGGCCAAAGGGCCUGCGAAGGGCUCGAUCCCGAGCUCUUGCAGCACAUCCGCGAGUGUCCCUGUCCUUGUGACCAUAUGGGAUAUGGCAAUAAUUUAGAUUUUCAGAUCCCUCCAUGUCCCCCCUACCCUCCACUCUCGAGGGAGACCUCGUUCAACGCGCUGCCUCAUCCACCCCCACAGUUCAUCAGGGAUCAUCAUUAUCAUCAGUAUCAUGACGUCAUACGCAACUAUCCCCACGGAUUACCCAGAGACAUUUACUAUCCCUAUGAGUAUGAUUCUUGUUCGUGUAGCUCCGGAAGUGAUACGAACAGACAUAACUUGCGGGGACCUUGGUGUAUUUGUCUGGUGGUUUGCGUGGUGGUAGCAACCCUCACUGCCGGUUUAGGACUGCCCUUAGCUUUAGGUCCUCGCGAUAUAGGACAACUUUCACAAGAAGAGAGAUUAGAAUUGGUUAAAAAGUUAUUGAAAGAAACUCCUUUGAUAGACGGUCAUAAUGAUUUACCAUGGAACCUAAGAAAAUUCCAGUACAACCAGUUAAACCAAAUAAAUUUAAGUAAAAUUAAGUCUGAAGAACCUUGGUCGUCUAGUAAAUGGUCACACACUGAUAUACCAAGACUGAAAGAAGGAGGUGUGGGGGCUCAAUUUUGGUCUGCUUACGUACCCUGCAAAUCGCAGCACAAAGAUGCGGUACAGAUAACUCUGGAACAAAUCGACGCGAUCGAGCGACUAGUGCAUAAAGAGCAGCGCAGCUUAGGGAUGGCAAAAAGCGAAGAAGAAUUACGAGCGGUGCAUAAACAGGGAAGGAUCGCGUCGCUUAUCGGGGUCGAAGGUGGUCAUGCUUUGGGUAACAGCUUGGCCGUUCUACGAACUUUUUACAACUUGGGAGCAAGAUAUUUAACAAUAACGCAUUCCUGUGAUAUUUCGUGGGCAACGGGACAAGAUACGAUUACCAGAGACGGGCUUAGCGAGUUCGGGAAGAUUGUUGUGAAAGAGAUGAAUCGUUUGGGUAUGAUAAUUGACUUAUCCCACUCAUCAGUCUACACCGCAAUGUCCGCCAUUAACGUUUCGUCAGCCCCCGUCAUCUUCAGCCACUCUGCCGCCUACACUCUGUGUAAUUCCUCCCGAAACGUUCCCGACGAUGUCCUGAAGAUGGUCGCUCGAAACGGUGGUCUCGUCAUGGUUAACUUUUAUGCAUAUCACGUGGCGUGCAGCGUCAACGCCACCAUGGACGACGUUAUUCGGCAUAUUAAUCAUAUUAGGAAAGUCGCUGGGAUAGAACAUGUCGGUAUUGGAGCAGGAUACGACGGUAUAAACGUAACUCCUUCCGGACUAAAUGACGUCUCAAGAUACCCCCACUUAUUCGCCGAGUUACUAGCAGAUUCCGACUGGUCAGAACAAGACAUUCUUAAGCUGGCAGGUCUUAACUUCCUAAGGGUGUUUAAACGCGUAGAAGAAGUUAGGGAUGAGUGGAAAAAAAUGGAUGUGCUGCCUUUCGAGGACCUCGGACCCAGACGAGAGGCCCAGGAGUGUAUUUCAAAAAACUCUUGACGAAUGCUGAUUAUUUUAAAUAUCAAUUUCGUUAAUGGAAACCCUGACGCGCCGCUUUUUAUAGGUGGGUUUGUUUCACAGUAAAAAGUUGCUUUAGGGUUUAAGUUUAGAUCGGGAGUGCAAUUAAUGGCCUAUAGAGAUUUAAACUAGUGUCAUAUUUUUAUCAAUCAAUUUACUAAACUUUUUUUUACUAAUCUUAAUUGCGCACCCGAAAUAUUAUAGAAGAAAAAAAAACAAAAUUGGCAGAAAAUAUACUGACGUUUAAAAUAGGUGUAUAUUUUUUGUAAUUGGUUUUUAUAAAACUUGUAUACACAAAAUGCCUACAAAAGUGUGUUUUUUAGUAGGUGAACUAUUAAACCUGCAUUAUAUAGCUAGUUAACUCCCACGCACAAAUGGGUUUUCAAAUUUACAAUCCUUAGGUAAAAAUUUUCAUCUAUUUAGGUGUUAUACCCUUUUCCAGAAAAUCAACUUAGUUAAUAUAACUGAGCAGCAUGCAAGUGAAUCAUAGAAUUACCCUGUAGAAUGUUAUCCAUCUUAAGUAACAUUACUUAUAUAUUUAAAAAUAUUAACAGAAUUAUCAUGCACGUCACGCGACCAUGUAUGAGUGAAUGAAGGCACAAUCAUGUGACAGUUCUGUCAAACUAAGCUUCUCCUAUUAUCUGACGUAGAAAUCCAAGAUGGCUACCGAAAGUGAUAUACCGCUGGAAGGCAAAAAGUUGUCAGUUGUUUGAUGCAAAAUUAUAAGUAAUAUUACUCAAUAUGGAUAACAACAUAAAAUUGGAUAUCUUCCAUUAUUUUCUAUACCCCUUUUAGGCUAAAAUUUGUCAUGUUAUCGAGUGACUGAGAUGUUUUUAGACAAAUAAAAUACAUUUUUAAACAUUGUAUUAAGACAUAUGUCGAAAAUUUUAUAAAAAAAAUAAAUGAAGAGUUUUAUAAGUUUUUAGGCUUUUAUAAACCAUAAUUUACAAAGUGACUUUUAGAUUUUUCAUAAAACGUAACUGCGUCUAAGAUAUAAGAAUCAAAGUCGUGAGACUUUUUAGGUUGUGAUUUAUGUCCCUUUAUAUAUAAAUAUAUACAUUAAGGCGCUUUUAAGAGGAAAAUUGUUGUAAUUUUUUUUUCCAGAAAAAAAUUGAUGUUUCGAAAUAUGUUAGAAAAUAGGUGCUAUAGCAAAAACGCUGAUGAUUUUUGUCGCAAAAUGGUAAUUUUUGUAGACCAUAUUUAUUAUUGGUUAUUGUUAUUAAGUGGAUAUAUUUUAAGGAGAGAAAGAGAUUGUGUAACUCUAUUGUGUUGUUGCGUUCAAGAUGUUUAUUAGAGGUGACCCCUAUUUAUGUAGAAUAAAUAUAUUAAAAAUUAUAUAUA